AUGACGGCCCUUGCGGUGACCCAGGCCCUAGGGGCCAGCCAGGCUGUUGUGGGGAUGACGGCCCUUGCGGUGACCCAGGCCCUAGGGGCCAGCCAGGCUGUUGUGGGGAUGAAGGCCCUUGCGGUGACCCAGGCCCUAGGGGCCAGCCAGGCUGUUGUGGGGAUGAAGGCCCUUGGGCCUAGGGGCGAGCCAGGCUGUUGCGGGGAUGAAGGCCCUUGCGGUGACCCAGGCCCUAGUGGCAAUGAAGGUUCUUGGGGUGAGCCAGGCCCUUGCGACGACCCAGGCUGUUGCGGAGAUGAAGGUCCUUGCGGUGAGCCAGGCCCUUGCGACGACCCAGGCUGUUGCGGGAUGAAGGUCCUUGGACGAGCGGGCCCUAGGGGCGAGCCAGGCUGUUGCGGGGAUGAAGGUCCUUGGGACGAGCCGGGCCCUAGGGCGAGCCAGGCUGUUGCGGGGAUGAAGGCCCUUGCGGCGAGCCAGGCCCUAGGGGCGAGCCAGGCUGUUGCGGGGAUGAAGGUUCUUGGGGCGAGCCAGGCCCUUGCGGCAAGCCGGGCCCUAGGGGCGAGCCAGGCUGUUGCGGGGAUGAAGGCCCUUGCGGCAAGCCGGGCCCUAGGGGCGAGCCAGGCUGUUGCGGGGAUGAAGGUUCUUGGGGCGAGCCAGGCCCUUGCGGCAAGCCGGGCCCUAGGGGCGAGCCAGGCUGUUGCGGGGAUGAAGGCCCUUGCGGCGAUCCGGGCCCUUGAGGUGACCCAGGCCCUAGGGGCAAUGAAGGUUCUUGGGGCGACCCAGGCCCUUGGGGUGACCCAGGUUGUUGGGGCCCUUGGGGCAAUGAAGGCCCUUGCGGCAAGCCGGGCCCUAGGGGCAAGCCAGGCUUUUGUGGACAUGCAGGCCGUUGUGGCUGCGCUCGGAUUGGCUCAAUGCGCUUAAAUGUGGGAUAGGAUUGGCCACUGGAGCCAGGAAAUACGCCUGGGUCAACCUUCAGGCUU